UGUGAGAAGUAGGUUUCAGUGCUUUUCUGCGAGAAGUACAUAAGGAAAGAGAUAAACCUUUUCACCAUUGUAUUUGGCUUUUUGUCUUCUGUGUCUUUUCUCUGUACUUUUAAUAGCUAAACCAUAUAGGUGGCUCUUUCACAUUUUUAAUCAUUAUACUUUGCAACCAUGCUUUGCCAUAUACUUAGAUUUUUGGGCAUUUUUCUGAUCUUGGGGAAUGGAUCGCUUGAGAUUGUCUUUCUACAGGAAGGAAAAAAUGAGACUGACAUAAAAGAGUCUACUGAGGACUUUGAAAACAUCACCAGGACAAAUUAUGAACAGUUGCGGAAAGUGAGCGACAGAUUCAAAUAUGUUGCCCGAAGCUGUAAAGAGAUCCUGGAUAUCCAUGGUGAACGAGAAGAUGGGAUAUACUACCUGACCACUAAUAAUGGAAUGAAGUAUCAGACUUUCUGCGAUAUGAACACUGCUGGAGGGGGCUGGACUCUGGUGGCCAGUGUUCAUGAAAACAGCGUUUAUGGAAUAUGCAGUGUGGGGGAUCGAUGGUCGAGUCAGCAGGGAAACAAUCCAAACGUGCCAGAUGGUGAUGGAAACUGGUCCAACAGAAACACCUUUGGUCUAGUAGAGAGCGCCACUUCUGAUGAUUACAAGAAUCCAGGAUACUAUGAUAUUGCUGCAGGAGACAUGUCUGUGUGGCAUGUCCCUAACAACUUCCCAAUGGAGCACUGGAACCUGGCAGCCAUUCUCCGCUACCAUACUGAAAGCAACUUCCUUCGUCUUUAUGGGGGAAACCUCUUCAACUUAUUUAAGCACUUUCCAGUAAGGUACAACAUUGGCUCCUGCUCCAAUAGAGGACCAGCAGUUCCCAUUGUGUACGACCAUGGAGACACAGAGUCCACUAGAUAUUUAUAUGGACCAAGAGCAAGAAGUGAGUUUGAUCCAGGCUUCAUCACUUUCAGACCCAUAAACAAUGAACGAGCUGCCAUGGCGAUCUGCUCUGGGGUCAAACCUAAAGGGUGCGACACAGAACAUUUUUGUAUAGGAGGAUCAGGAUAUUUCAGCUCCUACCAGUGUGGAGAUUUCCCCUCAUUUGACUAUGACCGAGUGGGAGGAGACCAAGGCUGGGACGCUGCUAAGGAAAUGAUUGAGUCUGCUGUCCUGCUAUUUUAUCGCUGAAGGCAUUUAUCCUGUUAGAUAAAUGUAUUUAAAGAAUUCCCCAGUAGAUGGCAUUAUAAUUCUGUGUUGUUCUCUCUAGGUACACUAACUUCAUCCCACAGUUCAAAAACAGGACUGUUAGGUUAAUUGGCUUCCCUAAAUUGUCCUUAGGUGAGUGUGUGAAAGCAUGGUUGUAUGUCUCAUGUUGCCAUGCGACAGACUGGGGAGCUGUCCAGGGUACCCCGUCUUUUUCCCAUAGACUGCUGGACAUUGACACUGGCCCCACCAUGACCCUGAUGGAAUAAAUGGUAGAAGAUGGAUGCAUGGAAAUACAGCAUGAUGAAAAGAAUAAACCACAUUCAUGUAACUGGGAUACUAAUUGGAGGAGGUUAGAUUUCCCACAGUCUCCCAAUACAAUGAAUCUGUCCACAAACACUGGCCUUUUGUUUUU